AUGCUUACUGGAGUAUUGAUUGCUAUGUUCAUCUUACUUGCUUUGGCAGUUGCCAUUUAUGCAUUGCUUAAUACAAAAACAGAUACAACUAGCGCUACAACAAUGACUACAACAACGUCAACAACAGCGACAACAACAUCAACAACAACAUCGACAACAACAUCGACAACGUCAAUAACAUCAACAACAACGACAACAACAUCGACAACGUCAACAACAUCAAAAACAACGACAACAACAGCGACAACAACAUCGACAACGUCAACAACAUCAAAAACAACGACAACAACAGCGACAACAACAUCGACAACGUCAACAACAUCAACAACAACGACAACAACAGCGACAACAACAUCGGCAACGUCAACAACAACGUCCGGUAAGGUCUCUAUAAUGAUAUAUCGGAUAAUUGAACUUUUCGAAUAACUUUAGACAGUAAAACUAGUAAUUUUAAUUUUGACAGAUAAUGGUUGAUACCCUAAAAGAAAAUAAUGUGGUUCCCAUUCUAAUGAUUACAUUUUUUGCAUAAAAUAUCAAAAUUGAGUUACUUUUUUUCAAGGAUGUGGCAAAAACUUCUUCUAGUAUCUGACUUGAAUUAUAGGAAGUAGGAAAGUCUUAGUUCUUCUCGUUCAUUAUUUUUGUUGCAGUGGUCUAGUUGAUUUCAAGAUUUUCAGAAGUUUUUUCAUAGCCCUCCCUAGUCUUACAAUUAUCAUUGAAAAUCAAUAAUAUUGUGGCAUCCGGCAUGUCCAUCGAUACUUCUAUUGAUACAUACAUUUUAUGAAGGAGAAUCUUCUCUCUUGCCUAUGUAACGGUCGAAAAUUCUACAGUUUUCAGUAUGUAGAAUUCUCUUUGUUCUGUGUAUAGUGUAUAGCAACAGUUUCUCACUUGUAGGCAUAUUGGAUUGUAAUUUAUUUGUAUGAAAGCGGUUCAUCUACGAACUGUUAUUUUCAAAAUACUCUAUCUGAAGUAUUUACUUUUUUUUUACUUAUCAUUGAUAAGCACAUUCAUCGUACUUUGGAUAGAGUUAUGAAACUUUACAUUUUAGUUCUUAUUGAUUUUGAUAACUGAUUCUAUUAGCUGUAUCGAUUCAAGAUGGAAUCAAACAGUUAGGAAAUUGUGAUUUUUACUCUUUCAGAUGAUGCUCCCAUAGCAUCUGCCUUUAAUCGGCAGUUGCUCCUGUAGGAAUUUCUAUUCCUACGACUAUUACAUUUGAGAUAUCAGCGCGUGUUCAAUGAAGAUUUGUAAGAUCGCUUUAGACAGAUAAUACAAAGAUAUAUCUUGUCGUUUUAUCUGAUGAUACCAGCAGAGGAUGAUGUUAAUAGUAAUAAUAGUAUCAUUCGAUAUCUGUAACAAAUAUUGAUAAUAGACUAUUAUAUUUCUUAAACUACUGGUGACGAAGUUUGUAUAUUUACAGUUUCUAAAUUUAGUUAGAGAAAAAUGUUUUAAGCAAACUGAACGACAAUAUUUUUUGUGAAACACGAUCUGAAAGGAGUGUUGAAGUGUUUAGGGGUAGAAAUUUGGACCCACUCCCCCCCCCCCCCCCCCCCCCCCCCCCCCCC